AUGAGCCCGGACUUCAAUGUUGUCACUGGCAUUGACGAGCUGAUCGAGGCGGUCCAAUGUGCAUUCGACGAGCUUGAUUUUCGUGUGCUGGGCAAGACCAUCAUGACCCUCCAAAAGGUCAUGGAGGAGUCGUUGAAGAUGGACGGGGACAACUCGUACAAAUCGCCCCAUUUACACAUUUAG